ACAGAAGUACACUGAAAGCAAAAUAUUAGAAUUAUGCCACUUUUUACCCCAACAACGCCUUUUGACGGAGAUGUCGAAAAGGCAACCAGUGAGAUGAACACAGAAGAAAACUGGGCUGUCAUAAUGGACAUUGUAGACAAGGUCAACACGACAAAUGGAUCAAAAGACUGCUUGCGUUCAAUCGCUAAAAGGCUGAACCACCGGGUACCAUUUGUGGCCAUGCAGGCAUUAACGCUUUUAGAUGCAUGUGUCAACAAUUGUGGCAGGCCAUUUCACUUAGAAGUUUCAUCAAGAGACUUCAUCUCUGAAUGUCGAACACUGAUAAAUCAGAAAGCACAUCCAAAAGUGGCUCAGAAGUUGAAAUCGAUGAUCAAAAAGUGGGCUGAAUCUAAAGAGUUUAAAGAUGAACCAACACUAAGUUUGAUACCGUCAUUUUAUAGCAGCUUAAAAUCAGAAGGAAUCGACUUUAAUGACCCUGAUGCUCCGACUAAAAAGACUGUACAGUUGAGCUCUAAUCCUGAUGUUGCCAAUAGCCAGCAGGAGGAAGAUGAUUUAGCCAAAGCCAUUGCCCUCUCUUUGAAAGAUUCCGAGAAAUCAAGUGUCAAAACCACUAGUUUGUAUCCAACAGGAAUAAACUCCUCAGCUAUUUAUGCCACCAGCAGUAAACCCAAGGAGGUUAGAAAGGUUCGAGCCCUGUAUGACUUUGAAGCAGCAGAGGAUAAUGAGCUGACUUUUAAAUCUGGAGAAUUCAUCAGUGUCACUGACGACAGUGAUGCCAACUGGUGGAAAGGCUUCAAUCAUAGAGGAGAGGGAUUGUUUCCUGCCAAUUUUGUCACCUCUGACUUGACAGUGGAGCCGGAGGAAUCCAAAGCCGAAAAGGCUGUGAAAUUCAAAGAGGAAGUCCAGGUUCUAGAUUUUGAGUCUGAUGAUGUCACAAUUGAUGAGGGUAAGAUUGAUGAAGCAUUACAGCUGAUACAGAAUGCUGACCCUACAGGUGAAACUCAAACCGACUCCACAGAAAUGCUGAGGCUUGAGAACCAGUGUUCUAGAAUGGGCCCACUGAUUGACACGGAACUGGAAAAAAUAGACAAAAAACAUGCCAGCUUGUGUGAAUUAAAUUCUAAAGUGGUAGAAGCGAUGCAGAUGUAUCACAAUUUGAUGAAGGAGACACCGGCUCCCUAUGGCUAUAAAGGCCAGCAGCCUCCGCCUUCAGUCAGUUACAGCUUUCCCAGUCAGGGUGCGUACAAUGGCCAGCCACAAUUCCAGUCUGGUCCCAGUCAGCUGCCGCCAGCUUCUCGACCACAGGGUCCAAUGCCUGGGGGACCCAUGCCAUUACCCCAGGGGGCCAUGCCUCAGAAUCCUGGCAUGGUGCCUCAGAUGCCCCCAAAUCAGAUGUCCAUCAACCCACAGAGUUACAUGCCUCAAGGACCUAGUAGUCAGUCUUACAGCAAAAUUCUCGUCAUCACCACCGCCACCGGCAGGGCCACAGGCCUCGCCAGGGACACCCCCCUCCCCGGCGUUUUUUCUCCGGCCAGGCGCCUCACCAACGGGUCUCUAAGAACUCCUGUGUCAAACAAGAGGAAAUUGACUGUGAAAUUAGCAUCGGCGGGGACAAACGAUAUUGGGAAAGCUGCCCAAACUCAAGUGAAGUCUCCCCCUUGCAAUCUCUAUAUUGGGAAUAAUUUCUGUGUCCGAAUUUACGACUUUUUCGAUUUACAAAAUUCGAUUCAGAAUAACAAGAAAGGGGGGUUGGUCCACAUUGAUUUCGACCCAGCCGUACACUUCAAGGCCAUGACGCUUUCCGAGGGAGCAGAGAAAAUCUGGAGUGUGCCAAACGCUGGGGGGAACUCUGUGAUUUCGGAGGUCCUUUCUUUUGAAACAUUUCACAGAUGUUUCCACGCUGAACUUCUGAGGACUGAGAUGGAGGUCUCUUACUUUCCGGAGGGAGGCUCUAUCACGGAUUACGUGUGUGAUAUUUUCGGCACCAAAGUGGGCGUGUCCGUUACCCGCGCCAUGAAGUACCGGGGCGAGUACACGGAGGAGGACGCCACAAAUCUUCUUACCAAAAAACUGAAAGGGGUAAACCAAGCCAAUAGAAACACCCUGGAGAGAUGGAACAAACAGAUCCUCCACGUGUGGGUCCAGAACAAGGAGGCAGCUAACCUGGUCACCAGGGCGUGGCAAGACCUACCCCCAGACCUUGUCACUAAUACCAUGGUGGUCGUCUCCAGGACACGCCGGUCAGACUUCAUCUUCUACAACCCCUGAGAAGAUGCACAUGCUCUUUAUUAAGUCGGUACAGAGAAAUUUAAGCUUGCACCUCUGGUCCAUCCGAGUCAAUGGACAUGCAAUGAACGGUGUGCAAACAUCUUUUCGAUGUCGUUAAUUAGAUUCUAAUCGCAACUAGAGAAAUAGAAUGAGGGUAGUGCUUGUGGAUGCUACUAGGAAACAAGAUCCGGUUGAAAGGAACUGAUGCUAAGCAUAGUGGAGAUACUAGGAAAUUCCAGCAAAACAUUUAUUAUUUAUUAAUGCUAUAUAGUAUUACGUUAUUUGUACGUUUAAAUUGGACUAUUAUUGUAAUAAUUUCAAUAUUUUGGCUAUUAAAAUUUUAAUUAUA